AGAGCGAGCGAGCCGCGGAUGAGGCGCACGAGCGGCCACUCGCGCGACACUUUUCUCUCACCCAGUCACCGGAUUCACACACAGCCGAGUAACGGUAACGGACUCCGGGCUCCUGUGGACCGCUAGACGGUGACCCUGCGUCUUAGAGCCAGCACACAGGACUAUGAGGGUGGCACCAAUCUCCAGUCUACAGAGCUUGAACCUGGGCAGAUAGGACCAAAGAAGCCAGCAUGAGGACUUUGAUGCCCUUCCUGUUAUGGGCGUUUGCAACCCACAGUGCAGAUGCCAUGACGCUUUCUAGAGGAAAGGAAGCAUCUCGGCAAGAGAGGAACACCGAGAAUCUGAAGCGCUCCAAGCGAGGAUGGAUGUGGAAGCAGUUCUUCCUGCAGGAGGAGUACACCGGCACAGACUAUCAGUACAUCGGCAAGCUUCACUCUGAUAUGGAUCGAGGCGAUGGCACGGUGAUGUACGUCCUGACGGGCGAAGGUGCCGGGACCAUCUUCGUGAUAGACGCUAACUCGGGCGAUCUGCACGCCACACGCAGCCUGGACCGAGAAGAGAAGCCGUCCUACACUCUCCGAGCUCAAGCCGUCAGCAAGAAGAACGGCCAGCCCUUAGAACCCGAGACCGAGUUCAUCGUCAAACUCCAUGACAUCAACGACAACGAGCCCAAGUUUGAGAAGGAGGUUUACACAGCUAGCGUCCCCGAGAGGUCACACAUCGGAACUUCGGUUAUUCAGGUGAUGGCCCACGACGCCGACGACGAGAUGUUCGGCAUGAGCGCAAAACUGGUCUACAGCAUCAGCCAGGGUCACCCGUACUUCUCCGUCGAGUCAAACACAGGCAUAAUCCGGACAGCCUUAGGGCCCUCGGACAUGGACAGAGAGCAGAGGGAGCAUUACCAGGUAGUGAUCGAAGCCAAGGACAUGGCAGGCCAGAGAGGCGGCUUAACGGGCUCCACUACAGUCAACAUCACGCUGACUGAUGUAAACGACAAUCCUCCUCAGUUUGCCCAGAGUGUGUAUCAGUUCAGCGUUCCCGAGCUGAACGAGCCCGGCGCCGUAGUGGGUCACGUUCGAGCUUUGGACGCCGACAUCGGGCCGAAUGCAGAGAUGGACUACACGGUGGUGGGCGGAGACGGGCUGGAUGUUUUCUCUAUAACAGCCAACAAAACCACCCAGUACGGCAUCAUCAGCGUCAAAAAGCCUCUCGAUUACGAGAAAAAGAAGACGUACACGCUGCAGUUGCAGGUGCGCAACACAUACCCAGACCCACGCUUCGUCAGCGUGGACGCUAAAGACCUGGCUACGGUGCGCAUCAACGUGGAGGACAUGGACGAGCCUCCGAGGUUCGAGCAUCCCAGUUACAGGAUGGAGGUGAAAGAGGACGCGGCUUUGGGCACCGCUAUAGGGUCGGUCAGUGCCGUGGAUCAAGACGCUCGUCGCAACCCCGUCAAGUACACAAUUGAUCGGCACACAGACGUGGACCGGAUAUUUAACGUGCACGCCGGGAACGGGUCUAUAUUCCUGCAGAAGCCUCUCGACCGAGAAGACCUCGCAUGGCACAACGUUUCUGUGAUAGCAACCGAGUUCAAUAACCCCCAGCAGACGAGUCGAGUGCCCGUGUACAUCCGUGUGCUGGAUGUGAACGAUAACCCGCCGGCGCUCGCCUCCUUCUACGAGACCUUUGUGUGUGAAAACGCUAAAUCCGGUCAGAAAAUCCAGACGAUAACAGCGGUGGAUCGGGACGAGCCACCAGGAGGCCACAGAUUCUUCUUCUCGCUGGCACCAGAGAGCUCGGUGAAGGCCAACUUCUCAGUACAAGACAACGGAGACAACACAGCAGGCAUCUACACACGACGGACAGGUUUCCGCCAGGCACAGAGAAGCUCUCACCUGGUCGCUGUGGUGAUUUCGGACGGCGAAUUUCCCAUGAUGAGCAGCACAGGAACUCUGACGGUGCGAGUGUGUACCUGUGACCGAGACGGAAACAUGGAGAUGUGCAACGCCGAGGCUCUGAGCGGCACGGCCGGACUUAGCACCGGAGCUCUGGUGGCUAUUCUGCUCUGCGUGCUCAUCCUGCUCCUGAUCGUUGUGCUCUUUGCUGCACUGAAGCGCCAGAAAAAGAAGGAGCCCCUGAUCAUCUCCAAAGAGGACGUCAGGGACAACGUGGUGAGUUACAACGACGAGGGCGGCGGCGAGGAGGACACGCAGGCCUUCGACAUCGGAGCACUGCGUCACCCGGAGGUCAUGGAGGAAAGCAGCAAACUGAGACGCGACGUCGUGCCGUCCGAUCCGCCGUACCCUCCAGCUCCGCUCCGGCGGACGCCCACGACAUCCCGGGACAACUCGGACGUGAGGAACUUCAUCAAGCAGCGUGUUCAGGAGCACGACAGCAGCCCUGCGGCACCACCCUAUGACUCUCUGGCCACCUACGCCUACGAGGGUGACGGCUCUGUCGCCGAAUCUCUCAGCUCACUCGGCUCGGGAACGUCCGAAUCGCCGCACGACUACAGCUACCUUAACGAAUGGGGGCCACGCUUCAGAAAGCUCGCCGAUAUGUACGGGGCCGACGACAGUGAAUGGGACUCCUAACGCGCCUCGGUAUUCUUACGCCGUUCUUACGCAGCGUUGCAUUUCUUACAAAGUGGAAUUCUUACAAAGUGUCCUUCUCCCUCGCCCCGACUCCAUCCAGCAGACGUCUCACGGAUGCCGAUUUUGUCCAAAGCAGACGCUUUAAACAUGGAGAUGUUUGAACUGGUUGACUGCAGCUCUCUGGAAUGAAGCUCGUCACGGCGAGGCAUACUUUUCGGAUAAUCCCAUGUGAAAAGUGACAUUAGCAAAAGGGCGCAGAAUACGGAUAGUUUACCGACUCAUUCCUGAGAAACGCUUCAGCGCUAAUAACCGUCCGUUAUUUACGAAGAACCAAACUUUUUAGUAACGUGUCUUUAAACAUGAAGAAACUAAAGCGGUAAAAACGGUCGGCUCACGCUCCACUCCGGUGACGUCUACGCUAGCUCUGAUUAGCUGGGGGUCAAUCAUCUUCUGUAUGCUUUUUUUCUGACCUUUUUUUUUUUUUUUUACUUUUUCAGUAUUACUUUUGAUGUAAACACGUCUGUCAGUGCUUUUCCGAGCAGACAUGGUGCUUCAGAAAUUUGGGUCGGGGUAGAAGGUGUUUUGGUGAUUGGCACCCGUUUUCAUCAUCUACUGGAGAAAAUGCCAGAAGCUUCCAAUUAUCUACUCGCUCAUAGGCAGGAAAUGUGACUCGCAUUCUGGCACACGUCUCGACUACACCCCCCCCCCAUCUUACAUGAGAAGCCUAUUCACAAAAUCACCUCGUGCUAAACAAAAACUUACGCUUUCGUUUCCAUGCGUCCAGUUUGAUUGUUUUAAGAAGAAAACCGACAGGAUUAUCAAACGCUGUCCAUUUUUUUUGCUUAACACUAGUAUGACUCCAGCGUAUGCUAUGGGUGCUAAUAUCCACGUCCGUGUACUGUUCCUCUCCUCUUCUGUGCCGUUUUUUUUCUUCAUCCCCUCUCUGAAUGAUAAUUGCGGCGGUCCGAUGUUGAGUUAUGACUGGGAUGUUAAAAUAAAUCACCGCCGUUAUAUUUUUGCCCUCUGCGCCAGCCACAAAAAAAUGAGUCUGGAAUUGGAUUCGUCGCCUCCGUUAUGAAGGGGAUGAAAAGAGUUUUUUUUUUAAACAGAAUAUACAUACGAUUGUAGUCGGCUUGCGAGGAGCGGGUAAAUAUUUGUGGUUUAGGCGUGCAGAGUUCACCUGCAAUAUUCCCGUGCUUUGUCAGUGAUAUACUGUAAAAUAAAGGUGAUGCUAACUCAUGUUGUACCAAAAAAAAAGAAAAAAAAAAGUGGUUUAACGAAACAGUGCGUCGUUGCAGUGUUUUUUUUUUCUUCAGGAGAGUAGAUGAUGUUCAUGUAUUCAUUCGCUUUGUGAUAUUUUGUACCAAAUAUUUAUAUUACAUAACAACGACUAGAUAUUCUUGAAAGCCGUCCAGCUGAUGUUGCUGUUUGCAGUGUUUUUGGAGGUGUGGAAACUCCAUGAUGUACAGAUUCCUCUUAUUACAAUAAAUGUUUUC